CUUGUUUCGAUAUUGCCCAAGGCCAUGAUUUUGCCUGAAGCAUCAUCCUCUUUAGAAGCGCAGCGUGAAGGCGCAUCCACCACCUCUACUCCUGGCUCAAUAGAGUCAUCCAUUGUUCCCAUUGUCUCUACUGAAACCACAUACAAUGGUAGUCCACCUACUUUCAGUCAGAACAGUAAAGAAGAGAAUUCUGCACCAGGGACUUCAACGCCUUUAGAAGUUUCAUCAACAGAAGAAUUAAAACAAUCAAUGCCGCCAACAUCUACAAUAAUAACAAACACAACAAAUUCUGACAAGUCCCCCAAACCGACUCCUAAAACUACAACAGCUACAUCAUCAACUUUUCCCUCACAGGCGUUAGAUUCCAUCCCUUCGUCAGGUGGAACAUAUACGCGACGUAUUGCGCCACCACGUUCAAAUGUUAAACCCCGGUGGCAUACUCAGCCCUAUAUAAUGUUUCUGGCGCUUCGAUCCAUGCCUAAUCGUACGGCAGCCCGCCAGGAACUGAUUAAUGCAGCAGUUGCUCUGGAUCGCAAAUUUAGUGCUGAAAAAGGCUUGCCGCGUGUGUUUACUGGCAAGACGCCAAUGAACUCAGCAUCGGCUUGUUUGACUAACAACGGCGACAAGUAUUUCAUUCCAUUCAAACCCGAAGGAAGCAAAAGUACUCACUUCCGACUCGCAUAUACACCAGGAGAUUUCGAUACGGCUGUAAAAGAAUAUGAUAGCUGGAUGGAGAAGCUUAUCAAGCAUGACUGGCCGCUUUGCUUUGGAAUUCCCAAGGAGGGUGCAGUGCCUAUCCAUAUUUUGGAGGAGCGGGAGCAAACCAGGAAAGCAAAUGCAGAAAAUAGAUCAACGCCUACAACGAACUCAUCUAUAACAGCGACAACAAUUAACGCUACUCUAGAAGGCCCAGAUAUGGACACCAAUGACGGCGAUACCAGGUUCAUUGGGAUAACUGUUACAGAAUCAGAGCCAUCUGACUUCAAAAAGCGUAGUCCUGAGCUUUUAGAAAUGUCGCUGAAUGAUGAGUUGAGGAGCUUCAAAAAGAUCAAAGCCGAGCUGGACUUGGGUACGAUUUCUAGGCCAUCCAACAGUGCUCCUUACACAUCACUAGAUCAAGAAACUAAGAUGGCAGACAAGUUGGAGCAACUCGAAAUAAAUUCAGCAAGCAGCACUACAUCUUCAUUGCCAUCCACACCCGCACAAAUAUUGCCUCAGGACUCAGAGCUUGUUUCUUCUACUCCUGCUUUUGCAACUACUUCGAAGGAGGCAGUGGUGACGAGUGGAAUUGUGGCCUCAAAUCGAAACUUCAUACCGCAAAAUGCCUUACACAAGGGUGACAGUGGAUCUAAGGCUGAAAAGGUGGAUGAAUAUAGACUAGAGGACCUGGAUCUCAGUAAUGUCCCAACAAGCUUAGAUGACAUUGUGCGUGUGGAUGUCUCGACUAUUCCCAAUUCUGGAAAUGGACUGUUUGCAAAGAUCGAUCUUCCAGCGAGUACUCCACUUGGAUUCUACUUUGGAGUCCCUAUGACUGAGAAUGAGUUCGAUUCGCUUAAGGAUGGAGUUGGGGUUGCAUCUCAUUAUUCUAUCAUGUAUCGCAGAACAGUCCUGGAUGCCACAGAUGAGAAUGGGAUGCCAUAUAGUGACCCUAAAGGACGGCUGUAUUGUCCUUUCCAUUUUAUGAAUGAGGAUCCUAAUGGCAACAUAACUUUUAUUACGGGAAGCGUGGUGAAUCAAGUUAUUUGCCAGACCAACAGGGAUGUCAAAGCAGGCGAGGAGCUUUUUGUGUUUUAUGGCAAAGAGGUAGAUCGAUUUUGGGAAAAGGAGAAAGAGAAGGAAAAAGAGAAAGAAAAGGAAAUGGAAAAGGGUAGCAGUGAUACGAGUCGACAUCAGAAGAAGUGCCGAGCUGGCUCGCGCUCGAGGGCAGAUUCCCCCAUUAGUAGGGAGGAGCCGAUAGUAGAUCGUCCGCGGCGCAAUAAUAUCUACAAGCCUGCUCGUUAUACGCGUUAGGAUCUAAAGUUAACAUCUUUCAUCAUGAUAGAAAUACAAUAGUAUUAAGG